UCUGGAGAAACCAGUCAGUCGGUGAAAACGUGCUAUAAUAAAUAUACACAAAAAUGCAAUCGAUCGUCAAAUAUUUGAACUUUUAGUGUGUGCUACAUCAGGAAACAACUCUUUUUUAAAAAUGGCAAUUGGAUUUAUAGGUGCUGGCCGAAUGGCCCAAGCCAUGGCAAGGGGAUUUAUUUCAACGGGUGUUAUCAAGGCACAAAACAUUACAGCAAGUGAUCCAGAUCCCAGAAUGCUUAGGUAUUUAAAGAAUCUUGGUAUCGCAACAACACUAGAGAAUACAGAAGUAGUGGAUAGAAGUAAAAUGAUAGUUAUAGCAGUUAAACCCUCCAUUGUAUCUAAAGUACUUAAAGAGGUCAAAGAUCAUGUGACGAUGGACAAAAUAAUGGUUUCCAUAGUAGCAGGAGUUCCCCUGUCUAUAUUAGAAGAGAAUCUACCUCCAGAUACGAGAGUGGUUAGAGUAAUGUCAAACAUUCCUGUCACUGUACAAGCAGCGGCGUCUGUGAUAUCUCUAGGUGCUGGUGCCCUGCCUGAUGAUAGUGAACUGGUACGGGAACUACUACAGUGUAUAGGGAUAUGUGAAGAAGGAUCUGAGAGUUUGUUAGAUGCAGUCACAGGACUGAGUGGCAGUGGGCCUGCAUAUGCUUUUACUGCAAUAGAAUCUCUAGCUGAUGGUGGUGUGAAGAUGGGGCUCCCAAGGGAUUUAGCAAUUAAAUUAGCUGCUCAGACAUUACUGGGAUCUGCUAAAAUGGUUUUAGAAUCGGGUAAACAUGUAGGUCAACUAAAGGAUGAAGUCUGCUCACCAGGGGGCACCACAAUAGCUGCAAUGCAUACUCUAGAAAGAGCUGGAUUUAGAGCAAGUUUAAUAAAUGCUGUUGAAAUUGGAACAUUAAAAGCCAUAGAACUUGGACAGCAAAAAAAGAAAGAGGCCGCAGAAGAGCAGAAAUUAGAGGAAAGCUUAGAAGAGCUGGAUUUAGAGCAAGAUUAAAUAAAUUAUGUUGAAAAGUAAACAUUAAAAAAGCCAGAGAACUUUGAAUCUCAAAAAAAGAAAUAGAUCCUUGAGCAGAUAUCUGAGGUUUUACUAACAUUGUAAUAUCCAUCUUGGAAUUCAAGUUUCUUUUCUGAUAUUUGUUCAAAACAGAAGAAAUAUUCUGAAGUAUCCAGAAAACUUUUGUAAGGAGGAACAAAAAAACGUUUAAUGGUUGUUGUUUGUUUUUGUUUAUCAUGUUUGUUUUUCAUUUAUUGUUUUGUACCUUAUAGAUCAUACCAUUAGUUUUCUACAUUUUUUUCAUUUGUAAUUUUGGGGCCUUUCAAAGUUAAAGGGGUAUGGGUUUUGCUCAUUGUUGAAUGCUUUACAGAGACCUAUUACUGUUAGUGUCUAUGCCAUUCAGCUUCUGAUGGAGAGAUGAACUGUCUCAUUGGCAAUCAUAUCACAUCUUCUUUAAUUUUAUAUCAAUUGACAUGAUUUCUUGAUUUUUCCCAUGCAAGUGGAUUUUUUAGAAUAAAGUUAUAGUUAAAUAAAAAAAAAAAUCAUAUUUAAGAAUUUUAAUUGUACAUAAAAGAUGUGAUACCCAGAAACCUACCGAUAUACAGUAUUCCUAAUGUUUAAAAAGUUCAAAUAUUUCAUGUAAACAAUUUAUAGAAAUGGCAAUUUCAUUUACAGUGAAAUCUGUUUUAAACAAACUCUUUUUUAGAAUAACCUGGUUUUUUUUUAAGAAUACAUAUAUAUAUGUUUAGUUGAGUUUUGACGCAGAUUUUAUGGUUCACCAAACACACAACUGUGAUGAGAUGAAAAAAGUACAUUCUCAGGUAUAAGUUAUGGCUUAAGUUGGUGAAACAUGAAAUCAUAGUAACAAAACUUAGAAAACAUGUAAACAUGUUCAUCAUGAUGUGAGUUUAAAAAAAUAUUUUGUCCCAUUUAUUUUUUGGGUUCACUAAACAUAAAAAUGUGAUAGCAUGAGUGGGGUGAAAGGUCAUUAUCGACACAUUUAAUUUUUUUUUUAUUUAUGUUUGUGAUUUUUUUUGUAAAAAAUUGUGAAAAGAAAGACAAAUAAAAAGUGCUAUUUGUGUGUGCCUGUCUGUGUGAGUAUAAAACUACUUUUACAGCAUUUCAAUUAGUACCGUUUAUUGGUUUUUACAUCAAUUAGCCAAAUUAUUUUCUUGUUCUAAUUGUUUUUCAUUUGUCCUUUAGUGGCUUUUAUAGUUUACUGUACUUAUAUGUGCGGUUAUUGUUUAAGGCUGUUAAGGUGACCUAUAGUUUCUAUGUUAUUUGGUCUCUGAUUGAGAAUAGUUGUCUCAUUGGCAAUCAUAUCACAUUUCAUUAUUUUCUUUGUAUCUCAUAUUCAUAAGCUAGAUUUAGAUUGUUAUUUCAUAAUUUUUUUCAUAUUUAAUGUAUGUGAUAGAAUAUUGAUUGUUAUUUACAAAUGACAUUUUUGCAUCUUAGAAAAAAAACAUUUAACCACACCAAAGAAUUAUAUGUGUAGUAUUUCAACAGCUGUUAUUUACUGUAUGACAUGAAUUUGUAAAAUAUAUGUUAAAUUGUUACAGCAUUAUUGUAUGAGGGUGUGGAUAGGGGUCUACAAAAUAGGGAAAUUUGGACCAAUGAUGUAAAGAAUAGAAAAAAUGGACCCAAAAAUUAAAUAAUUGAGAAACAAUGGACCAAAAAUAUGUAGAAUGUAGAAAGAAUAAGAAAUAUUUGGAAAAGAGAAAUAUGAGGUGGUAAAAUAUUAAGUAUAGAGAAAAUGGACCAAAAAUAUUAAGAAUAGAGAAAAAUGAACCCUGAAUAUAAAGAAAAGAGAAAAAUUGACCAAAAAUUUUAAGAAUAGAGAAAAAUGGACCAAAAAUAUUAAGAAUAGAGAAAAAUGGACCAAUAAUAUAAAGAUCAGAGAAAAUUGUCCCUAAACAUUAAGAUUAGAGGAAGUACAAAGAUAAGAGAAAAUUGACCAAAAUUUUAAAGAUUAGAGAAUAUUGGGGAAAAAGGAAAAAGAAUAGAGAAAAUUUCCUAAACAGUAUAAAGAAUAUAGAAAUGAAUGACCCUCCCAUCCAAACCCUGUUAAAUUGUGUUGUUACAGUUCAAUCUCUUUAUUUUACUUUUAUAUUAUCAAAUUUGUAGUACACGAAAAAAGUUUGAUUUUAUUGCAAUGUCAGAACUACGCAGAAAGUUAAAAUAGAGAAAUAUUUUAUUUUUGACAGCAUUAUAGGGUUUAUGUGCAAAUUAUAUUGGUGAAAAUUGUAUGAAGUAGAUUUUACAUUGAGUAAUGUAUAUUCUAUGAGGGGUAAUAUUCACUAUGACUAAUAUUUAUGCCAUACCGGGUAACCAUUUUAUUAUACACCAAAGAUUGAAAAACUUUUAAAGAAUUAUUUUUGUAACUUAUGAUCUCCCAUGAUUUGAAGCAAUUUUUGUAUUAGUGCAAUAUAUCAUAGAAAGUCAUCAAUUUGCAUACAUCCUAACUAUUUGAUGUGUUCAGAAAGAGUUUCUUGUUCAAUUGUUCAACUGAAAACUGUAUAUAGAAAAGUUAUGUUGCAGUUAUUUUAAUUUUUUUGAGAUCCAAAUCUUAAA